CACUUAUGAUUUGAAAAGUGAACAACUUGUUCAGUGUAUUCUGCUAAGUUUCAAUUUUGUGCUAAUUUUGUGAUGCUGUCUAAAGGCUUCAAUUGUUUUGUGCUAAUUUUGUAAACCAUUAAAAACAUUCAUCUAAUAGAUAAUAGAUAAUUACGUUAUUUUGGGUUUCAUUGAAAGAUAACAGGAGAGAAUGUCUGGCGAUGAAAAUGUAGCGAUAAACAGCCAACAGCAGAAUAACGACAAUGUAGUUACACGUUUACCUUUGCCUGAUAAAGUAAUAUCGUCAGAUACAGUCAUCUCAAAUGGCAGCAAAUCAUUUCUACCCGAGGACAUCGCAUCCACAAUGUCAUUUCUUCAAAAGGUCGGUUACGGCCUGGGUCAUGUUUAUAAUGACUUAUGCGCUGGUGUUUGGUUCAGCUAUACUUUGCUAUUCAUGCAAGGUGCCCUUCAAAUGUCUGGUGCUGUAGCUGGUACACUUGUUAUGUUAGGUCAAGUUGGAGACGCUUUGGCUACACCGAUAGUGGGUAUACUAACAGAUAAAUAUUACACAAAGAGAAUGUGGCACAUUGCCGGUACCUGCCUAAUAUUCCUUACAUUUCCUCUCAUAUACUCCAUAUGUCCGUGGUGUACAACGGCACCGGUUUGGUGGAUGCCAGCGUACUUUACUGCCGUCAUUUUAUUAUUUCAAUUGGGUUGGGCUAUAGUGCAGAUCACUCAUAUGGCAAUGAUACCGGAAUUGUCGGAAACUCGAAAAGAUCGAGAUGACUUAACAGCUAUUCGAUAUUCAGUAUCGGUUUGUUCCAAUGUCGUUGUGUACAUAGUAACAUGGUUGAUAUUAAAAGAACGCGCUCAGGGUGAAUCAAAUAUUGGUCCGGGCGAUUCGUAUCGAUUUCGGAACGUGUCGCUGAUACUGUCACUAAUUGGAAUGUUAGUCACAGUCGUCUUUCAUUUUUCUUUAUCAGCGAGUGGUUACAACCAUCGUCGAAAACUAGCAUUAGAACGACAUCGGAGACCUUCAGUCACAAAAGAUCUACUGAAUAAAUCAGAGGCUAAGACUUCGGCAGACGGUGCGCCAGCAUCGGAUCGACUAAAAAUUCUCCUAAAAUCACCGUUACUCUAUCAGAACGCAUUUCUCUAUGUAUUUUCAAGAUUAUUCAUGUGCACAGCUCUGGUUUACAUUCCACUAUGGCUGGAUGAACGUACAAUGAUCAGUGAAUCAGAGGCCACUAGUGAAUCUGGAAGUAAAAGCGUUGAACACAUAGCUACAAUUCCACUAAUUUCAUUUCUAUCGUCAUUUAUAGCUUCAAUGGCAAUGAAAUAUUCGAACCGAAUAUUUGGUCAUCGAGUGGCCUAUUUACUGGGAUCAAUUUUAUGUAUAUCCGGUUGUGUUUGGGUUGCUUCAGCUGCGCCACCAACCGCUUCAUCUAGUCACCUUUACAGCAUUGCUGUAUUAUUUGGUGCUGGUAGUUCGAUAACGAUGAUUAGCAGUCUUUGUAUCACUGCUAAAAUGAUAGGAAAAAACGCCGAUCAAGGCGGUUUUAUAUAUUCAGCAGUAACGUUUGCCGAUAAGUUAAUCACAGGCAUUGUGGUUCUUAUCAUUGAAGCAAUAAAAUGCGAUAAACGAUCAGAGUGUCUAGAAUAUUAUAAAGAUGUAUUAGCUUAUGCAUGUGGUGCGGCAGCGGUACUAGGAUUACUUACAUUGGCAACGUUGCAGUCUAGCAGAAAAUCAACAAAACGACAAAGUUAAAUCUUACAUUGUACUUUCGAGAAUUCCAUCAUUUGUUAGUCGGUUUGUAAUUCAUAUAAGAUUAGUUAGGACAAAGUAAAGCAAAUAAAAUAAGAAAAUCACAC